AUGUCGUUUAGAUUGAGAGGGGAACAUCUUAAUUUAUUAAUCGACUUUGCAACGGGUCAUUUGUCUGUUUUAAAUGGAAAGGAGAAAUUUCGAGAAUUAUGGGAAGAGUUAGCAAACAGCCUAAAUUCACUUGGUUUUGGAAAUCGAACACUACAUAAUUGGCAAAGGAUUGCUAAUACGAGCAAUAUUGUAUCAAAUACAAAUAAUUCCCCAUCAACAUCACAAGUAAAGGAGGAAUGCCUGACAAACAUUCAUUGUAACGAUCAUGAUUAUUUGGCUUCUACAACGCCAGCUAAAAAGAGAAAACUUAGUGACAGAGCAGAUAACAUGAACUUUGUUUAUCAAGAUACUAUAAAGUCAUUAAAAAGUAUUGAAAAUACUGUUACCACUAGUAUACAAGGACUUGAAAACACAAUUGAUAGGAGGCUUGAAGCCCUAACAAAAACAGGAUUUGCCAAUAUAAAUGAUAUAUUAAAGAGUUUUUUUUGA